AUGACUGCUCUUCAUUUUGCUUGUUUACAAAAUUUUAAUCAGUUAAUCGAUAUUUUGAUUUCAAAUGGUGCAAAUGUUAAUGAUAAAAAUAAUUCAGGACAAACGCCAUUUCAUUUAGCGGCAAUUAAAAAUUGUCAUGAAAUUGUCGAAACUUUACUAUCAAGUGGUGCCAAUAUAAAUGAAAAAGAUAAAAAUGGCUCAAUUGCUAUUCAUUAUGCAUCUGCAAAAAACAAUAUAGAAGCUUUGGAAAUUCUACUUUUACAUGGCGCAAACAUUAACGAAAAAGAUAAUCAUGGAUCACCUGCUCUUCAUUAUGCAUCUAUGUAUAACAGUAAAGAGGCUUUAGAAAUCUUAAUUUCUCAUGGUGCAGAAAUUGAUGCUAAAGACAAUGAUGGAAAGACUGCUCUUCAAUAUGCUGCAGAGAAUAAUAGUAUAGAAUCAUUAAAAAUCUUAAUUUUACAUGGUGCAAACAUUAAUUCUAAAGAUAUUACUGGAUCACCUGCUCUUCAUUAUGCAUCCUUUAAAAACAAUAUAGAGUCUUUAGAAAUCUUAAUUUCUCAUGGCGCAGAAAUUGAUGCUAAAGACAAUGAUGGAAAAACUGCUCUUCAAUAUGCAGCAGAGAAUAAUAGUAAGGAAGCAUUAGAAAUUCUACUUUUGCAUGGUGCUGUAUGCGGCAAAAAAUAG